AUGGAGUUCGGACUUUGUGAAUUUCAUCGACGUUCAAACAGAGUAUUUGGGAGAGAUAAAUCCCUCAACUCGGAAAAGGAGAAUGUCACUAAUUUUUCAAAGGAUCAUCUUCAUAUGGAAAUUUCAGAUUUUUCGAGGAAAUUAGUCGAUACAAACUAUUAUGCCAAAAAAUUGAUCAAUCAUCAUUUAAUUGAGCAGGACAAUAUUCUGAAAUCAACUAAAUCUAUUUCAAACUAUCGACUUGCUUCACCCGGAGUAGAUUGGCCAGAUUGUCGACUAAAUGAAAAUUUAAAAAGACAUCCCCUGUUCCUCCUUUUUCGAAGCAAUGAUGCAUUCUCCAAUACUGAAUUCUACACCAUGACUAUCUUCUCAUCUAUUUAUCUCUUUGAUGUCAUCCAUGGAUGCCGAAUUUCAGAGGAAUUCAACUUACAAGGUAAGACCACUGGCGUUUUCAGAGUCGCCGAUCGUUGGAGAGAAAUGAGUAAGACGAAGGAAGUUCAAACUGAUGAAUCACCAAACAAGGUGUUGGAGUCAUACCUUGAGGGUGUCUAUCUAGUCAUUAAAGUUAGCAAAGUUGUUCGGGGUCUGGAACUUAACGGAGAAAAUGCUGAUAUGGUAUUAACGGACUCGAAGUCAGUAAAGGAAACAAGAGAAGUUUCAAAAGGAGUGGAUAGUUCUUCAGGCGGAGGUUGCGUUCUACUGAAACCAUAUGCUUGGACGGCUGUGGACAUAUCCGCGUUAGCUGGUCGAGCGUGGGAGGAAACCCAAGUACUAUCUAGACGUCGUUGCCUAAGCGGCUGCGAACGGCCCUCAUCUGCUGAUCGCCGAGAUUCUCAAUGUCAGCGAAGACUGGAAGGACUGAAGAGAAAUAUAUUUACCGCCGAAUCCCAAGAAAUGCCCAAACGAUCAACACGAAGUGUCUCUAACGAAAGAUUUUCAUCGCCCAGCGUACUUGAAGGACUCGGAAACAAACUUCAAAUCGGUGAUUUUGGUUGUAGACGCUCAUAUGCUACACUUGCGCCUAGUUGGAGAUCACCCAAGGAUAAGUCAAGGGACACUUCUGACUUUGUGGAACUGAAUAUUCAAUUGAAUACACGAGUCUUCAUAAAAGAGGAGCCUGGAAUCGGGAAUUAUAUGAUUGAACAAAUAAUAGCGAAUGCUUUCAAGAUGAAAUCCUCAAUGAAUGGCUUAAGUCCAUGGGUGCAUGAAUUGCCUCUGCAGUUUGUUCAUGGACAUUCCAAUCGCCGCAUUAAAUCGAUCACUUGUCCAAAUGAUAUCCUCAUUUCUGGCCAAAUAGUGUCUCCAUAUGGACUUUCCAAACACCUUCAAGUUGCCGACUUGCACACAGCUGAAGGUGAACAAUUACUGACUCAGAACCAACCGGAAAUAAAAUUGCAGGAAGUUUUGGAAUUUCCAACUCCUAUUCGAGCUUACCCAUUCAAACUCCCUAGAAAUUUACUGUACAUUUAUCCCAAAUCGAUCAAUUUUGGGUCUUCAAAGAAUACUCCCAAAAAUCUUGAAGUAGUUAUUCAACUUCGGUACUGGGAUUCUACUAGUAGCCAUGCUAUUCCACAUCUCUUAAAGCUCUUCACUUUUAGGCUUUUCAAAGUUAUAAUUCUUCAACUGGCCUUCAAAACGAGACUCGAAUUUAUGUGGAGUUUAAAAAUCGGUGAGUACAAUAAUAUAAGCAGUCAACGAAAAUUUUUACAUAUUUGGUUUCCGGUGUUCUACGAUGGAUCACUCUGUUCAGGAGAUGAAUCCUUAUAUUUGUCUCAAGACCUUCCAAGUUCAGAAACGAUUCGUACGAUAUCUAGGAUUUCUGAAGAUUCCAGAGAAGAUCCAAGUAGAGAUGUAUUCAAUCUUCGUUUCGUUCCUAUCAGCAGCUUGUAUCCAGAUGGGUUUGCUCUUAAAAUUAUGCAGGAAUUUCGUGAUGAGGUGAUAGACCAUACAGUUGCCUUACUAAAUGAUCAAAAUCUGCUUGAAAAUCAGACCGACUUGAAAAAAGAAUCAAUACCCAUUCUUGAGUACUUUCAUAAGGCUAACUUGAAUCAGCUGAUUUCCCACUUGUCUCCAAUCAUGGACGGACUUUUGCAGAUUCUUGGUGUCUCACUUAUUCAAGAAAUGGAGAAAUCAGCCCAAAAUGCACUGGUUUUACUGGGUUACUACUUGCACCACAUAACCAAUGGAUUGACAAAUUGGAAAGAACAACGUACCGGUCGUAACCAUUUUAUUUGUGCGUAUUUAUCGGGCAUUGGGGAAUGCAGUUUGGAAAAUGCUCUAACAUAUCUCCUUUCGGGAUAUCCCUUGUUGGGUUUGGCUUGGGUGGAUGACAUUUCAAGAAUUUCUGGUGACAAAACUCCGAAGAAAUUAUGCGAAAAGUUGUUGCAAUGUCUAGUUGCUCAAUUUGAAAAUAAUUUGCCCUUUGUUCGAUUAUUAUAUAAGGAAACUUUAUGGUUCUUCCUUGAACUAUUGGUCCGGACCUUGAUGGAGGAAAAUAGUGACAAUUCAGGAUCCAUUGACCCCAACUUCGUGGAAAAUUUGGAUCUUCUAACGUGCAAUGUUACAAACGACAUUUGUGGGUGCAUUUUGGAAGAAGAUGAGGAAGAAAGGAAUGAAACCAUUUGUCUACUGCUAAAUCGCACAAUCGCAUUCUUUCUUCAAGAUCUUCUCAGCUGCCUAAGCCCCUCUUAUGUAUUCCGUUUUAUUCGUACUUACCUAGAAGAGAUUAACAGCGUAAUAAGAGGAUGCUUACAGACAAACCCAAAAAACACAGAGAAUGGACUUAUAUCUCCACUGAAUGCCAAAAAGAUUCGAAAUCUUGAGCUCUUGAAACUUGAAAUGCUGCAGAUUAUUUCAGCUGCUCCAGAGUGCAUUCAACUAAAUUUUCUUGAGGCCGACCAAAUAGCAUCAAGCAUGAAUAUGAUAACUACAAGGGAAUUCAACAAAACCGGGAAUUCAUUUUCUGAUAUUUUAACUGUACCAGAACAUCAGCAACUUCCUUUCUUGCCCACUGUCCUACUCAAAGAAAUCGACGCAUGUCUUCUGUAUUCGGACCCAGAUCUUUCAAAAAUCUCACUUGAUACCCUCUUUUCCCUACUGAGUAUUCACGAAUUAGAAAGUUCGUCAUCGGAAACUCGUAGCGUAGGGGCUCUUUACUUGCCAUUUCUCAGCAUCGCUUGCGACCAAGUGGCCGAUAUGUACGCAAGUUGGUUCCACAACUUAGAGAAACAGGAACGGGUCACUCGAGAGGUUGAAAAAUUGGCAACUCUUCUAGAGUCUCAAAAAAAUGAAAACAUUAAUGGAAGCACUAUGAAGCGAUCAGGGAGGAUAUUAGCCUCAAUGUCUGCAAAGGAGCGAGUCAAGCGAUUGGGCCGUAGAAGGUCAGUAACCCCAGCCCAAUCAGAACAACAAUCAAGCUCCAACGUACUUCAAGGCUAUAGUAUGUCAAAACGUGCUUCCAAAUCUUGGGUCUAUGAACUCAUUACACCAGCUUCAGUUAUGGUAGACAGUGAGGCAAGUCGUCAGUUCAAUGAAACAGCAAAGCAGCUAAUUCUAGUGGAAGUGCUCUGGAUUCUUCAAAAUACUCAGAAAGAUAUACUCAAAUGCUGGUUCAUCAAUUCUGACAUUGAAGUUGCCCGAAGCAUUGUUGCUUUACUAAUUUUGGCUCUGGAACAUUUUGAGUACUCAUCAGAAACGCCUCAUUCCACAAUUACAGAUAUUUCAAAUACUGGAUUUUUCCGAACCAAGAGAUUGCUAUCUCUGGAAUCUCCGAAAAUGGAAUCUGAUAAUCAACGAGAAAGGUCAAAAUUUCUCAAUCUUUGCGUCACUUCUAUUGUGUGCAGCACAUUGGAUCUUAUAGUUGAUGUUUAUUGCAACUCACCUUCAGAUGAAGAUAAUGCAGAAAAGGUGGAAGAGACGGCAUCUGGAAGUCAGCUCAUUGAAAUUGUGGCAAGAGCUUUCAUUUUCGGCCUCAAUAUGCCACAAUGUGCAAAAACGUUUCGCCUUUUAUGCUGCGGAGUAUCCAACUUGUUCUCCAAGGUUAGCUAA